GUGCCCCAUUCACUUUCACUUUUCAUUUAGUUCCCAGUCGCUAGUAAAACGUCACACUUCGCGCUUUAGUUUUCUCGCUUUACAGAUUUCACUUAGGAAAGACUAACACAAAAUACAAAAGCCUACUCUGAGAGAAUAGCUUUAUCAACUGGAAGUUUCGUUUGUGUCGAUUAAGCAAUGGCUGAGGUGUUCUCGCAGUUCAACUGUGGUUCGGAGGAUGCGAAGAAAGAGCUGCAGAUGUGGAAGAGUAAAGUGGAGAAAGCUGAUGAUGCAAAAUCCAGGCUGAUUAUGGAGAAACUUGAAGAAGAUGAACUGAAGGCGAAGGCCAAACAGGAAAUGUUCAUAUUGGUCAAUAAGCAAGAAGAGUGUGACAAGGAAUUCAAUCAUAGUAUGACUGCAUUGAAGGGUGAAAUCCUGAAGCUUAAUCAACAAAAACAACAUUUAUUAGCCAAACUGAGAAGACAUCAGGCUGAACUUGAUGACAGGAGGGCUGAGACAACCAACCUACAGCAGAAAUUCAAGAUCUAUGCCAAGAUUCCAGACACAGAGGUGAAUUUCACCACUCAGCACAAAGAGACCAGUGAUGACAGUCAGCCAAUUAAAGGAAGGUUUACAAUCAGCCAGAAAGCCAAUAUGCUUCUGCAGGGAGGCCAAGCACUCCUCACCUUUGAAGAAGAAAAUGUGGCCUCUCAGAUCCUGAAAAUUGCUAAGUGCUCUGUGUCCUGUGAGAACCUGAGUGUGGAUGUGAAACCACAGAGAAUAAUCAUGGAUCCUGCUGUGAAGUUUGAGGUUCACCUCACUGUUUCCAGAAGGCAACUCAAGUUUUUCAACGUCCAACCGUCCAUGCCAGAAGACAGAAUAAAGGACAGAUUAGAGAUGAGUUUCUCUAGGCCUAGCAGAGGAGGAGGGGAAGUUGAGAGAGUUGAGUACGACGUGAACACUGGAAUGGGAUGCAUCACAUUUCUCCACCCUGGAGUUGCUGGGAACCUGGUUCUGAGAGGGGAACAACGUGUCGAUUUCGGCUCUGAAGUGAAUGUGCAGGUUGGACCCAUUUACAAUUACGAGUUGCGCAGGUUCCAGACCUUUUGUGGUGUUUUGAAGCGAACAAUCCUCCUGGAUGACAUCAAAGACAUAGAGGAUGAGGAAGAUCUGCAGGACCACUUGGAAAUCCACUUUCAAAAACCCAGCAACUAUGGUGGUGAGAUUGAGAGCAUCAAGUACACAUCCAAAGGAAACGCUCUGCAAGCCUUUUUCAGUGAGGAAAUAGAAAGAGAUAACAUUUAAGGAAACUAGUUCUGUGACUGUAAAACGCAGAAUGUCUUAUAUCUGUGUUAUUUGAUUGGUUGAAUGCUUGUGAGGGUCAAUGUGCAAAAUGUAAGAAGGCCGACUUCUUCCCUCCACCUGAAAAUACAGUAUGUAAAUACCAACAAAUGCUGGUCUUCUGCUAGAAAUAUAUUUUUAGAAAAUGCCAUUUUAGACCUUCUUUGUCUAAGUGUCCUUUUAGCACAGGUUUUACAGAGGUUUGUUUUUUUUAUAUUUACACUCACAAGAUCUCACACUGAACACAUGAAUUGCAACUUGUGGUUCAGUCUCUUGACAUUGGUUGUCACUGAGGCAUGUUAUGUUGUAAUGUAAAAAGAAAAGAAUAAAACAGUUAAAUAAUA